UGCAAUGGUGAAUCUCGGGCGCAGUCCGGCAUGGAAAUGUCACACAAACAUCGGUGUUUUAGAAACAACGCCUAAAGGAGAUGCUUUCACAGCCUCACCGUACGUUUCCCCUCAGACGAUUUUAGAAAUAAGUGCGGCAAACAGAAAGAGUGGACUGCGUCUCGGGACUAGAAAAGAGACUCAACGAUGAGGCUUAUUCACCACAGUCUCAACACUUGAGCUCAUCAUCAUGCAAGACGAAAACAGCAUGAUAUUGAUGAAGGUGUAUCGUUGAGGAUGGCUUCAGACAAAGAAGACAAGCUCUGGAGUUGAAGCUGAGAUGGAGGAGCAAAAGUCAGAAGAAGAAAACCACAAACUGGUAUCACCCUGUGUGAGCUCACAGUUAGGAGAUGGCAGCCCUGCAAAGGAGCAAAGCCACGGCCAAAAGCCAGUGGAGAGGGAUUCCCCAGAGAGCCCUUCAGCAAUAAAAAGAUGGGAGUUUGGGCCACUUCUACAGUCAUUCAAAUCCAAGAUGGCUAGCUUUACUGAGAUUGUCAUGAGCCCUGUUCGGCUUUUUAAGCCCAGUGACUCUCUGUCCUUGAUCGCACUUCCUAAUCAACAUGAAAAAUUGAUAGAGUCAAAUGUUGAAAAUUCAACCCGGACUGAGGAAGCCGAGACCGACAAAUGUAGAAAUAGAUUGUUUCCAAAAAGGCCUUCUUCAGAAAAGGUGCAGUGCAGCACUGCUCCAAAACGCCACAGAGUUGCACAGAGACUGAAUUUUUGUACAAUUUCAACAAGUAACAACCACGAACCAGUAUUUGAUCAUAUUCAAAUGCACAACGAGGCAUCAUCAAAUGAAGAAAAUCAGAUAGACCGUCCUUCAAGCCAGACACAAGCCAUCCUUCAGGAUGUGACACGUGAUGUCAGUCCUUGUAAAGCACAGAGCCCUUUCCUCAGAACUAAAUCAAAUCUGUCCACAGACAAACUUUUGAAUUCUGCAAGUGCCAUGAGUGUGUCCAGCCAGGCCAGUUUUCAGACGGAUGUGCUGGUUGUUCUGCAUCCUCUGUCAGGUGAGAGACAGACCUGUAGCACUGACACGGCCUGUGGACAUAAUCAUAAGUCCAACUUUUCAGAAGAGGAAUCAAACCUGUUGAAACCAGUGUCUGACAGUAGCGUAAACAAGCCUGAUCCUGGAGUCUCCUCUUUUAGCACUUCCUCUGAUUUUGAUUUAAUAGAUAAAGGCACAAGCACAGUUGGCAGCGAAGAAUCCUUUUCACGUAUGGCCACCAGGAAAAGCCCUAGAAAUAAAUAUCUGUCAGGGUCGGUUGGACCCACCUCCACUGAACUGGCCACUUUUGUGACCGGAUCAAAGCCUCUGGAUUUGGAGAUGAAGGAAUCACCGUCUGAAAACAGUAUGGAGUGGACACACCACUCGGCUGAAGUAUCAGACCCUCCAAAGACCAUUUCUGUCAGAGAAGUGAGGCCAAAGAGAUGCAGAAAAGCUCCUCAGACAAAGAAAGACUUGCAGGCAAGGGGGAAAUGUGAUUUGCAGAAUGCUAAAGAGGGAAGACCUCAGAGGAAUAGAAAAAUAAAAAACAAUAACAUCGCAUUGGAAAUAAACCAGGGGGAAGAAACAUUUGUUCAGGUUAGGAAAAAGAGGAAAGGGGUUUCUAUAAUGCAACCACUCCAAGACUCAAAUGUGCCUGUCGGUAUUAGUAAUGCUGCAGAUGUUGAGAUGAAACAUUCUGUUGGGGCCUCAGAUAAAAUGGGACAGGACAAGACAAUUAGAAGUCAGUUGAGAAAAAAUGUAAAACGUAGGACUUUGCUGACCUCUAGCAAUGAAGAUGAUGCCACUGAUACUACAUUUUCUCAAAAUGGUACACAGAAUGUCCUGAUUGACAAUACCAUGAAUGGUUCAUCAGAAGAAUUUCAGUAUCCUAUGCAGUCACAGGAGUCUGAGAAGACCACUGAAACUCGAAAAACAAGACGGCAUCUUAAAAUUACAGGCGAUGCUUUGCAGAAGAGAAACAUUUGUCCACUCAAGCACAAGUUUGAGGAAUUUAGCGUGACUUCAGUGGUUGAUCCAGCAGGACCACGUAAGCCUUCAAAAAGAACACUACUGCGCAGCGAACAAUCUGUUAUUUCGGCUGAGGAGCAGGAGACAUGUGUUUCUGGACUGAAAGCAAGAGAAGAAAUAAAGGAACUUCUGUCGCCUGGUUCGACAGCUCCAGUGCAUUCAGAAAGAAAACUAAGCAGACCCACAAAGAAUUUAAUCCGAUCAAGAAGAAAAGAUGGUUCGGUUGCAAAAAGGAGAGGUGCUAUUGGAGGUAACAGUGAAGCGGAGAGCCAAGAAAAGGUGACGGAAGCCGUUCCAGUAGUAUCGUUGUCAGGUAGCGGUCCCAGCCGCCUCCUGCGCAGCUACUCCUGCCCUGAAAUCCCGUCCCUAGUAUUCAGUGACUGCCAUUUCCCCCGGUCCCACAUGCAUGACAACAGCACUACCUCACCCAGCAGAAAGAGCUCACCCGCUCCACUUCCCAUCCACCUUCACUCUCCGUCCAAGCGCACUCGCCGGCACACUGUCUGCAGUGUGGAGAUUGAGCGCGAAAUUGCUCCUUUGUGUCUCCGUAAGGAGGUGUACCCUGCUAGUCGAGGUGGCCCUUUGUGCCCCUCUUCCCCUUAUUCUCCCUCCACCUACCUCACAGCCCUUGCCUCGUGUUUUUUGUCCAGUCCUUUAGCGUUCUUGUCUAAAGGCUCAAGCCAAGGGCGUAGUCAUGCUAGCGACACCAGCACUGGCAGUGUUUCAGCUGCCUCCAGUUUUGUCACCUCAUCAUCACCGUCCUCCUUCAGUCCCCCCUUUUCUUCCACCCUCACGUCCUGUCAUGCUUCAACCGGCCCUUCCUCUGUCACUCCCAGCCCUGAGACACCUUCCACCUCUGUGUCAUCACUCUGCAGUGCGUUUUCACAAAGCUCUUUGGAAGGAGACAGUCGGGUGCUUCAGAUGGAGUGUGAGGAGUCAAUAGAUGAAGAGAGAUCCAACUUUGACCUUAAACUCUCUGCAGCCAUCUCAGAGGAGAAAGCAUUUUCAGACUCUGAAAUCAAGACAGAGAUCAAGGAUGGUCAGCGUGGAAAGGUGUCCUCUAUUCGUAUCCGUAAAAAGAUUCCAAAGCCUCAGAAUAAUCUCACCCCUAUGGGCCUUCCUAAGGUCAUCAGAGUAAAGAAGAAGGAUUUCAGCUUGGAGGAAAUCUACACAAACAAAAACUUCAGCAAACCUCCUGAUGGUGAAGCAAGUUUUGCAAACUCUUUCAGACGUUUGGAAACCAUAUUUGAGGUGCCUCUUAACCGGCGUGAUGGCUCUCAGGCUGUUGUGGGCCAAAAAAAGGUGAAGCGCUUUGUCGAAUUCCCUGAACUGGGUGUUGCCAGGAAGCCCAAGAAACCUCUGGUCGGUGUAAUGGCGGCGGGUGGAGCCCAGAGGAGCGCUGGGAUCUGUAGAACCAGACGAGGUGUAGGGGUCUCUUCCAGUGUGGAGGAUGGCCUCACCUUGCCGCAGCUGGAGUCCCUCCUUUACUCCAAACUUGAGGAGUUGGACACCUGGAUGGCACUUCAGCAGGUUGCGGGCUGAGGCAGAGGUCUUGGUUGUUUUGUACCAAACAAUGGGAUUUGUAUGUAUUAUGUUAAAAUUUACUGUAAAUUCAACACAACGACAAUAAGUAGACUCGCAGAGCUGUAAAAUGCUUUAUUACUGAUGUACUGUAAAGAAUACAUCACAUUCUUCAUAUAUUUUGCAAGGUAAUGGUGUUUAUUUUGUAGAUUUGUCUGAUUUAACAAGAAACAGCUCCAUUCUGUUUCGUCCAUUUAUAACCAUUCAAAGAAAGCACUUGUUUACAUGAAUCUGCGGCUUAAGAUAUCUCUCAUUCCUACUCACCACAUCUCUGUAUCAGAAAGUGUUUCAAAUGAGUCCUAAACCUUUCAUCGCUCAGUAUAUUCCUCUUUUAAAACAUUUAAGCUUCUUUGGUUCAGAUGAAUGCCUUAUUACGGUAAUACACUCUCAGGAUGGCCUGUGGGUUUCAUUAUAAAGGAGACGCCACAAAGGACUUUGUAGUGACAGCACUGAAUACAGCGAGUUACCAGUGAGACAAAAGUUUGCAUUGUUAAUUUUUAGAUUAUGCUUGAUGCUUCUCAUGAAGCAUAAAGGAUUUAAAGGUUUCAGUGCAUUCUGUGCUUUUACUCAGGUACUCGAACUAUAGUCCAUUCACAUAAUUUAGGCUUUUGUUCAUCUUUGAUGUAGUGAUUUAUAAUGCUGCUUGUGGUGUUUGAACACGUUGAAUGGUUUGUGUGUAAACUUGUAUAGAAGUCUGCGUUCUGUAUUUCUAAUAGAAUACAAUUGAACUGUGUUUUGUAUUUUGGUGUUUUGUCGAGUUGUUUGUAAGAAGUUCACAAUGAGCAGGUGCGUUUUGACUGUUACACAUUUUAUUACAAAAUCUGAAAUGCAUGCAGUGUACAAAACAUCAAAAGCACAAGGUAUUGAAACAGUACAACUUAACAGAACAGAACGUUAAUAAUGUAACCACAUCCAUAUCUCGGCAUUUGACUGCCAUGCUCUCUGUGUGUGUCUCAAUGUUUCAUUUCCAAUUUAAGACCAGAAAUAAAAUCAGCUUGCUGAAGUGUAAAAGUUGCUUUUGUCUGGACAGUGCUGAUGGUUUUAUGCAUGGCUCCAUCUCAUGCAUGUAACAAAUUCCUGAAAGUUACUGUAUUUUUAAAGUAUGUCACUAAUAUAAUCCAGUAAGUUUUGCUACUACCAGAAGGCAUAGUUUCAAG